CCGUAUUCAUACGACGUUUUAAAAAAAAUGGAAAGUCAGUAAAAGCUCUUCGAGAAGGUCACUGGAAAGGAUCCGCAUCUUCCAACAUAUAUAACCAUGGAGAACUCUAAACAGACAUAAGAUGUCACAAGUCACCAUUUUGGUGUCAUUGCUUUUCAUCUUCAUCGGAGAAGCAAUAGGAGAAACAACAUGCCGAUUACAUAUAUUGGAGGAUGCUGAGGAGGUGACGACAGGGGAGCGGUUGUUACACUUCAUGUUCUUCCCGUACACGUCACCAGAGAAGGUUAAUUAUCAACUUUGCGAAACAUCACAAUCAACACACUGGCUGUUAAACUGGGACAUCUGGAAGGAAAGUCUCUCAAAAAUGAUCGCCAUCUUUGCAAAGAGCAUCCGAACAACCGUCACGAAUUGGCCGAUGCCUAUUGGAGAGGUGACAUUUUACAGCUUCGUUAUCGUAAUGGUCGUCUACUUCACUCUCUGGAUAGCUGAGUGUUACCAUUUGUUUACAGCACGUAAGGCUCCAGGUAAAGAAACAAGUGUACAUCCAGGGCGGAGGAAAUUAAAACACCGCAAUGGGGAUUAUAAACGGGACAAAUUAAGGUUGCUGAAAGCGCAGAGAACAAAGUCCGGCAUUUCGCCCAAGCUAAUGCAUCUGCAUAAAAUGAAUUACAGCCUCAGCAGCUUGGGAAAGAGUGAAUUGAAGAGUCAAACACAUAUCUCAUACAGAUAUCAGCCAGUGUUUCAUAGACGUUCACAGAGGUAUUCUGACGAGAAAUUACCGAAGUACAUACUCUCGGAUCUGUUAAAUGAUGGGACGCUGCGUGAAAAGAAAUGCGCCGAGUCAAAAGGUAGGGAAAGGAGCUUCAAAGAUGUCAGAGAAGAAACACUCGAAACAUUACUGAAGCGGAAGUAUGAUGUAGGUAAUAAUCAAACUGCACAAUCGAUAUCUCCAGAAGUAAGAGAUGGAGGUGGUGGUGAUUUUGUUGGCGGGACAAACAUACACAGUAUCGGACGUCCGUGCGCUAGCUCUAGCUUCAUAUCUAGUUUUGAUGCCGAGAUGAUCGAUCCUGCUGAGGUCGACAACAACGGAGAAGAAUUUAUUAUCGAAAAUAAUGGAAACUUAUCUCAAGGCAGUUUCAACGUAAGAAGACAUCUUUACCAAGAAAAUGAAUUAACUGACUGCUCCCCUAGACACCGCGAGCCCCUAGACAACAGUUGGACGCUUCAGAGCUUCAGCGAUUGGAUGCCUACCCCAAGCUACCUCCCGAACACCCCUAAUGACAGUUUCCUGACUUCAUUUGGCGCCAGAACUGAUCGGAACAUGGUCUUUGACGACCCUGGAGAUGAAAGUGCCUUGAUUACGACUAUGAUGGACAGCUUUGUCAGUGUUUCCGAAAGUCUACAGAAGACCUCCACGUGGUACGGAAGUGACGACAUGGAGAUGUCCCUGUUCCAGUGGCUGUCAGCUGUCAUGGUCACCAAGAGACUUGCUCAGAAAGCCUGGACGUUAUUGAUUGGAGAUCCUGAUCCCAGCCCACUAUACACUUCUCCGCCUCCUCGCACUGUUCCUCCGAUCCCAGCGGCAGAAUCUCCAACGUCAUUCUCCCCCCAGUUUGAACCAACGCAUCAACAGUACUACCCCGACAGAUCUGCCUCGAUAUUAAACGAUGGACUGAUCUAACGAUGAAAUAAUAGUCAAGUUUUUAUACGAAGUUAAAGAUUAUCCAGAUUUUUGUUCUUAAUAUGUUUUGCAUGCUUUAACUUCUCUUUUUAAGGUAGAGGUUUGUAGAAAUGGGCGUACUAAAUUAGCAGAGGUGAAACUGUGCCUUUAAUUCCAGCUGUCCAUUUGGGAUUUACGAAUCGAUAUCUCAUACAUAAGUCUUGCUUUUCAAAUAGUCAAUAUAUAUGCUAUAUGAAUAAAAUUUUCCUCCGCAU